GGGGUGCGCCCCCGCGCCGGGAUAAAUAGCGCCUUGCCUCGCCUGACAGCCCGGCCCCGGGGCGCACCGGGGAUCCGGGAGGGAGCGAGGGGAGGAGAAAAAAAAAGAAAAAAGUUGGGGGGCUCUCUGGGACUCCGCUCCCGCCUGGACCUUGCUUUUUAUUUGCUGUUUGUUAUUAUUAUUAUUUUUUUCCCCCACGGGGAGAAACAGAGGAGGGGGAGGACGAGGGAAGCCCUGAGCCCAGCUUUUCCCCGCUCUCUCCCCGCAGCGCAGGGGCGAUGCUGGAAGCCGCCGGGAGGUCGCAGCGUGCGGGAAGUGGGGCGAGAGGCUAGUGAGCCCUGCCGGGCCCUGCGGCAGCCGCCGACCUCCGGCGCCUCCUCCCCGGCCGCCCGUAGCCCCGCACCGGCCCCCGCCGCCCCUCGCCGCAGGAGGAAGGGAGGGAGGGAGGCUGCCCAGCCCAGCGGCCCAGGAUGCAGUUUCGCCUCUUCUCCUUUGCCCUGCUCAUCCUCAACUGCAUGGAUUACGGCCACUGCCAAGCCAGCCGCUGGAGACGCAGCAAGAGAGGUGAGCGGGGGCUCACCCCGGAGGCACCCCGGGCAGCUAGCUAUGGACCAAAUCCAAUUUGCAAAGGCUGUUUAUCUUGUUCAAAGGAUAAUGGGUGCAUCAGAUGCCAACAUAAGUUAUUCUUCUUCCUGCGAAGAGAAGGAAUGAGACAAUACGGUGAAUGCUUGCAUUCCUGCCCAUCGGGGUAUUAUGGGCUCCGAACGCCUGAUAUGAACAGAUGUUCAAGAUGCAGAAUAGAAAACUGCGACUCCUGCUUUAGCAGAGACUUUUGCACCAAAUGCAAAACUGGCUUCUACUCACACAGAGGCCGCUGCUUCAGAGGAUGCCCCCCUGGAUUUGCUGCCUUGGAAGAGCUUAUGGAAUGUGUGGGCUGUGAAGUGGGUCAGUGGAGUGAGUGGGGAACUUGCAGCAGAAACAAUAAAACAUGUGGAUUUAAGUGGGGCCUGGAAACGAGAACAAGACAAAUUGUGAAGAAGCCAGCAAAAGACACGAUACCAUGCCCAACCAUUGCAGAAUCCAGACGGUGUAAAAUGGCUAUGAGGCAUUGUCCAGGAGGAAGAAGGGCAACAAAAACAAAGGAGAAAAAAAAGAAGAAAAAGAAUUUGAUGGAGAGGGCUCAGAAGCAGCACAGCAUCUUUUUAGCUACAGAUAAAACAAGCCAGUAAAGACUUGAUUUUUUUUUUUUUUUUUAAUAUAUUUUUGCGAAGUGCACAAAAGCUGCUAUAUGCUCCUGCCCAUGGAUGCACUACAAUUCAGCUGCUUUAACAGUAUUGGUGGCAAAUAACUUGUGAAAAGAAGCCCACAAGCUUGUUUGUUUUAUUUAUAUAUUUUUUAUUUUAUUUUUUUGUCUUAUUUUUGACCUGAAGACUUCAAGGUCAGGAGCGCACUGAGUUGAAUCAGUGGAAGUGGUGCUGAAGUGUGUCAAAGAUAUUGUACUGAGUGCUUGGUCAACAUGUUGACUCUGAAUGGAAGCAGGAAAGAAACCUACGUAUCACCAUUAGGCGGACUUGUGCAUAUUUAAAUAAAAAAAGGAAGUCUUGGAGGUGUAGGUACUAUUGCAUUUAUGUCCUUUUUUCCCUAUAUUUGUACAUUUCAAGAUUAAAUGGGUAUGACUUACCUACUUAGUGUUAAUGUGCAUUGUUCUCAUCACCUGCUACAUUGAAACAGUUGUAUAAUAAAACUGCUUUAAAACAAUAUAGCACAGGAAUUACUGCUUAGAGUUAUGGAUAUGCAACAGACCCUACGUGUACAUAUUAUGCUGUCUACAUAUAAAUGAACAUAUUUACUGUACAUCUAUGCAUUUUUAUGUAUAAUACUUUAUACAGGUUUAAAGUUAUGUCCUGUUGGUUCUAGUAAUAUACUUUAAAAUAACCCAGUAAAUGUUUAAUUUUUACUAUGUUUUAAGUAUCUUUUCAUGUUUCUCAGUAGUUCCAAACUGGAUUUUUUUUUUUUUUCUCAUUUGUAAAGCACAUUCAAAUGGCUAAACUACCUUGUACUGACCCUCACAGCGGACAGUGGAGUGUCAGCUCUGAAGUAGACUUACCAGACUAGUAAAAAAAAAGUCUAUUUUGUACUCCUAUCUCAUCCCCAGUGUAUUUUGUCUAAGAAAAAGAAGAGUAACUUUUUAAAGAUGAGGCAUAAUGAUGAUAGAUGUUUUGAGUAUUGGGAAAGAAUUUUUUUUCAGAAGUUUUUGGUAUCUAAGAUUAUAUAUGUAGUUUUUCAAAUAUGAUGAAAUGAUUUAUUUCUUAGUCCUGAUCCAGUCAGAUACAGCAAUUGAACACCUGAGUACAGAGAAUCAAAAGAAAAACACUGUAAGAUCAGUCAUUCAAAAGUAUAUCAAGCACCAGUCAAUAUCCCAGAACUGCCAGUUACUUGUAGGUAUAGCAAAUUUAAUCUGCAUCUGGGUUGGGGAAGGGGGGGCAGGGGGAUGUCUGUAGAAAGUUAAAAUGGCUCAGGAUGUCUAAUUUGGUAGUCUUGCAUUAUUGGGCUUGUAUUUGAGGAGAUAUUUGAAUAUCUGCUUGGAAAAGCCCACACUAAAAUUGCUGUCACUUGUGUUGUCAGAGUAUUUAUUCUAGUUCUCGGACUAAACCUUGCAUCACUAUCUACACAAACCAAGGUGUGGUAUUAAAACUAUUUAUAUUUAAGUUGUGACAGGUCUGUCUAACAUGUUUAUCCUAACAAAAGGACCAUUCCUUUAAACAAAAAUCUAGGAAUCUGUUGUUUCCAUCCCCCACUCCUGUACUCACUUCUGAGCUAGGAUAAUACUGAAUGUAUUGGAUGCGCUGCUCGUAUAGGCUCCACAAAGAGCCAUUGCUCAGCUGUGGCAGUUAGCAAGCUAUUGAGGGAGUCCAUCUCUCCCAGGCAUGGGUAUUUGGCCUUAUUAACAUAAAGAGAAAUGACUGUCUGGAGCCCAUCCCUCCCAAGGAUUGACAUCUGGCUCAGUUAAUGUCAGAAUGAUUCUCUUCACCUCUUUUGUUGGUUUGAAACAGUAGGUAAGUGGGUCCGCUGCAACCGCUUGCCAGAAAAGAGGGAGUAGAGGGGAAGGUGCUGUCUGAAUGCUCUCUCACUGUGAUCAAGUCCAUAAAGCUUCUGUCUGACCUGGCUUAAAUUGUACUUGCGUUACUGCACACGUGGAGUCCCAGUGUUCUCCAACAAAGAAAAAAGUAAAAGAGACCACAGAGCCCUACAAAUCUCUCUUUGAGAUAUACUUUCAAAAAAUCCCACAGAUCUUAUUUUUAGUUUUAUGGGUUGUAUGCUUUAUGAAUAAACUAGGGAAAUAAAGCACCUAUAAGCACAAAUAUAUUCAUACUUACCUAGGACACGUUGCUAAAAAUGUGCAGAAUUUAGAUACGUACAAACAUUCCAUGAAACUGCUUGUGGACUUCCACUUAACCAUGAGGUUUUCACCUUUCAUUUAGAAUAUGCUCAUAUUUACCUAGAACAUAAUAAUGUUAAGGACAGUAAGAUUGUUCUGAUCCUGGGCUGCUAUUUUGGACUUUAAAUGCUCACCUUAAAAUAAAAAUAAUAAUAAUAACAAUAAUAGAAAAGGACAAUAAGAAUUGUAGCUGCCUUUUUGCUUACUGGUUAUCAAAUUUGGCUGUAAGUGCAGUGAAUACCUUCGUACCAUCCUUCUAGUAGUGGUUACAUAUACUGUAUUAGUAUUUCCAUGUCAUGGAAAGAAUGCUACAAAAUACAAUAAAAUGUUGUCACAA